GGAUGAAAGCUCGCAUAAAGAUAAAGAUGGGAUCAUCUUCUACGUCGGCUUUACCUCCGUGGGCGGGGAGGGGCCGGCGGCCAUGGAAGUCUUCUAGAUGACGGCUCCUGUGACGUCCUCUGUUCUCCCUUUUUUUCCGUAGGUGGACCAGACAGAAUCGCGUAUAAAGGUAGGCCACAGUGCGACCUGUGCUUCCGCGCGGCAACGGGCUUUGGGUCCACCGCCACCGCCAUUGAAGGUGUUCGCAUGUUUUCCACGUCGGCAACCUCCGCUUCUUCGCUUUUGCCUUCCGUGGACCGGUGGUUCACGAAACACGGUGGUGACUGAUGAGACGUGGUGACCGAUAUAACCUCUCUCUCUCUCUGUCUCUUUCGGGACCGGGCCAUCUGUGACUCAACCAUUGCUUCGUGGUUUGGUCGCCUGCGAAGCGUCGUGAGGGAAGGGGAAGCGAAGAGGGGGAGGGGGAAGAACGAACAAUGGCGGAGAACACGGAGGCGUUGCUGGAGAAGGCCGAGAGGGCUCGGGCUCAGGUCGAGGCUCGGUACCGGGAGGGUUGUCCUGGAUGCAAGAUCGAUCGGCUCAAGGAGACGAACCGCGGCGUGCCAUACAAGCUUUUCUUCUACGUCUGGGUCAUCGUCCUCUGCGCAGCUUUGCCUAUAUCGUCUCUUUUCCCUUUCCUGUAUUUCAUGAUAAGGGACUUCAAAAUAGCCAAGAGAGAAGAAGAUAUUGGCUUCUAUGCUGGAUAUGUAGGUUCUGCUUUUAUGUUUGGAAGAGCAUUGACUUCUGUACUCUGGGGAAUGAUAGCAGAUAGAUAUGGCCGAAAGCCCGUGAUACUAUUCGGUACAGUUACAGUGGUGGUUUUCAACACACUUUUUGGCCUCAGCACAAACUUCUGGAUGGCAGUCUCCACAAGGUUUCUCCUAGGAAGUUUGUGUGGCAUACUUGGCCCAAUGAGGCAUCAUGUUGAUGUACACAGUGAUCUGUGUACUAAACAGCUGUUGGGAGCUGUCAUUAUGCCAACAGGUUCCCACGCCUUCUCUCGACGCAUGUUUCAUUAUCAGGCAUACGCUUCAGAAGUUUGUCGUAAAGAGUAUCAAGCUUUGGCGAUGUCAAUUAUUAGCACAUCAUGGGGUAUUGGAUUGGUCAUUGGUCCGGCUAUUGGGGGUUAUUUUGCCCAGCCUGCAGAAAAAUUUCCUAAUGUGUUUCCCGAAAAAUCCAUUUUUGGGAGGUUUCCGUACCUUUUACCAUGUCUCUUGAUAUCAGUUUUUUCAUUGGGGGUGAUGGUUGUUGCUUGUUGGCUCCCGGAAACCCUUCAUAUGCAUGGUGAAAACAGCAAAGAAUGUGAUAUACCAUACGAGGCACUUGAGGCAGAGGAAAAUAAAACUUCAAAGGAAGAAUCACAGCGAAAUGAGGGAAGUCAUCAGACGUCUUGGAGCCUUCUCAGAAAUUGGCCAUUAAUGUCAUCCAUAAUUGUCUAUUGUGUUUUCCAGCUUCAUGACAUGGCAUAUACAGAGAUUUUUUCACUAUGGGCUAUCAGUCCUUGGAAGUUUGGCGGAUUGAGCUAUUCAACAGCAGAUGUCGGUGAAAUUCUUGCUCUUUCGGGUUUUGGGCUCUUAUUAUUCCAGCUAUUUCUGUACGCACGAGUGGAAAGGAUUUGUGGACCAAUUGUAAUUUCUCGAGUUGGAGCUGUGUUGAGCAUAAUUCUGCUGUCAAGUUACCCCUUUAUAGCUACACUGACUGGCAUUAUUCUCACAAUACUGGUGGAUUCAGCAUCUAUUCUGAAGAAUGUGCUUGCUGUAUCCAUAACCACAGGCUUAUUCCUACUUCAAAACAGAGCUGUGACUCAGGAGCAGAGAGGAGCUGCAAAUGGUAUCUCUCUGUCUGCAAUGUCUCUUUUCAAAGCAAUGGGUCCAGCAGCAGGAGGUUCAAUCUUUUCUUGGGCACAAAAGCGUCAAAAUGCUUCUUUCCUGCCCGGUAGUCACAUGGUUUUCUUCCUCCUGAACGUUAUCGAGGCAUUGGGAUUGCUGAUGACCUUCAAACCUUUUCUGGCUCAGCCAAAGGACUAGCACUUUUUGGCAAUACCGUGUUCCAUUGCAGCCGUCAUGCACCGCAAAACAUAAAAACUAUACGGUAAUAGGUUAAUAUCCUGCAAAGUUAGACCUUUGCCUCUGUAAUGCGGCGUCACAGUAUGGGCCCAUUUUUGCUCCGUGAUGCACAAAUACAAUCCGAGGCGUAUAAGUGCAGUGUUUUCACUGUUUGCCACAUCGAUUCAUUCAUGUGAUAGCAAGCGGAAUUGCAGUUCCUGUAUUUGAGUAUCUUCUUUGCCUCCAUGAUUUUCAUCUACGUUGUUGCGGGCAGCCGUAACUUUCCAGUUUUGCCUUCUUGGUAUAUAUGCAAAGCCAAUGCCUCCUUCGUGGUAUAUAUGCAAGCUUAUAUGCAAGCGGAAGCUGCUUAGAGUUUGAGUAGCCGUCGGACCUUCGAUCUUUUUCUUUUCCCUCGUGAAGAAACUGCAUUCCUCAUUGUUCAUAUCACUAGCGUACGGUAGGGGAGAUAGGAAUCCGAGAAGAUUGUGAAUCUUUGGUGCAACUUUUGGGGUUAUAAUUUUUCUUCUCUUGGGAGGUAUUCAUCAUUUGGCUCCUAUUAUCUACGAGGCUACAAAUUUAAUUCACGUUGUAAGAGAACCGUCGUGCAAUUCGGGUUGCACUGCCUAAUGACUUCACGAUAGCUAUCGAUAGUGCCGCUUAUGAUUAGGGGGCGAGCAGUUUCAGUGUGGGUGGGUUUCAGGUCUGGAACUCGAUUUUCUUUUUUAAGAACCUAGAACCUGUCUUGUACAACCUGGAACCGAUUUUGUUGAUCUAAUCCGAUUCUAUGUCUAUUUGGAACU